AUGUUCGCCCUUUCGGAAGAGUCCAAGGAGCGCAUUGGCAAGCUCAUCGACAUCUCGCGGGUCGUGGUUCACUAUGGCUACCUGCCUUUGAUCCUCUAUCUCGCCUCCUCUCCCCGCUCUCCUAAACGACCAACAACGAAAUCGGAGUUAUGGGUAGAAAGUUUGGGUUGUACAAGUACUAUUGUUUGCAAGCGGGCUUAUCUCUGGACGAACGAUGACGAGACGGCGCCCCGGAUGGGCAGAAAACGACUUACACCGGAAGAUCGAACAUGA